GGCCCUCACCCGCCGGACCCGGGAUACUUCCUGGAAUGUCCAAGACUCUACGUUCCAUUGGGCUGCAUCCGGCCGAGGCCAGGACCCUGGCUCCCCCUGGGGGUGGCUAAGCGGCGUGCACCAUCCUCCCCGCUGGCAGGGAGUGGAGGCCUGGACAGCAUGACGACGGAGACUUUUGUGAAAGAUAUCAAGCCAGGACUUAAGAAUCUGAAUCUCAUCUUCAUUGUGCUAGAGACAGGCCGAGUUACCAAGACAAAAGAUGGACAUGAGGUGAGGACCUGCAAAGUUGCAGACAAAACAGGUAGCAUCAAUAUAUCUGUUUGGGAUGAUGUUGGCAACCUGAUCCAGCCUGGAGACAUUAUUCGACUCACCAAGGGGUACGCUUCAGUAUUUAAAGGCUGUCUGACGCUCUACACUGGCCGUGGGGGUGAUCUGCAAAAGAUUGGAGAAUUCUGUAUGGUUUAUUCUGAGGUCCCCAACUUCAGUGAACCAAACCCUGAGUACAGUGCCCAGCAACAACCCAGCAAAACGGUACAGAAUGACAGCAGCUCUGCCACUGCCCAGUCUCCAGCUGGCCCUCCUGCUGGGCCUCCAGCCUCAGAGAAUCAGAAUGGGAACGGUCUAACCACCCCCUCUGGGCCAGGCAGUGGCUCCCACGCACCCCACGCACCUCCUCAUCCUAUCAGCACCCGAAUUACUCGAAGCCAGCCUAGCCACGCAUCUUCGGGGCCUCCGGGCCCCUCCUCCAACCCCGUCAGCAACGGCAAAGAGACCCGGAGGAGCAGCAAGAGAUAGCAGCACACCCUUCUCCCUCACAAAGACAACUCUCUUCUGUGUCUCCCCACUAGGAACAAAGACUGCCCAUUGGGAGCUAGCUCUGUGUGUAUGGAAUGGGGGGGUGUAUUUUAGCCUCAAACUCUCUGAGAUGAUGUAGAGGGGGGUAGUCAUCUCAUUUCUUAAGCCAGCCUCCCCUGCUCAAGUGAGAGUACUCUGUCUCCUGCCCCUUCAUUCUGGGCACUCCAAACUUCGCCAUUUUUAGAAGCCAAACUUGGGGUGAGUAUGUUAAAUGUGUGUGAUAUGGGAGACUUCCCUAAUAAAUACUUACACCCAG